AUGUUCAUAAAUCCAAAAGAAGAGGAUAAUAAUGAAUUUCAAGAGAAUUUGGAAGGCGAAGUGGACACAGAUGGUGAUGACGUAGUUGAAGUCCGGCCGGAAGAUUCAGAAACAGCGGAAGAAGUCAGUGAAGAUGACGAGGAAGUACUUGAGGAAAACGGCCACUACUGUAUUGGAAGGGACAAAGAGGCAAAUUGGAAUAAAUUUCCACCGUCGCAGACAGGCCAGAAAUGCCUCCGCAAGUGCAGCACGGACGAGGAUUGCAAGAGCAAGAAGAAAAAGUGUCUCUGCGACGGCGCAUGCGGACUCAGCUGCAUCAAGCCUGAGCGCGAGUGCGAGGAGCUGCUGGAGCCCGACCUGGGCACGGUCACGCUGACGGGGCGGCUGUUCGGCGACCGCGCCACCUACUCCUGCCAGCUGGGCUACCACGUGGUGGGCCUGCGCGAGCGCACCUGCCAAGCCGACGGCACGUGGUCCGGCGACGCGCCCGCCUGCAAGCAGAACGUGUACUGCACGUCGCCGCCGGUGCUGGAGCACGCGCGCCACAGCGCGCUGCCAGAGCAGCAGACGUUCGCGCUCGACUCGACGCUGCAGUACCAGUGCGUGGCCGGCUACAUCACGCGGGGAUUCCCCCGCGCCAAGUGCCUCGCCAUCGACGGCAGCGCCUCCUGGUUCGGGCCUGACAUCAGCUGCGACCGUGAGUACACGCGCACCUCCUGCUCAUAG